CAUCUGCAGUUUCUCUUAAAAAUUCCUAUUCCACCCACAAUGGCCUCAAAGGACCUCCCCCCAUCGACCGCUCCCUUCUUCCCCAAUGUGUUCUUUUAUAACCAAUUCUGUGCCAAGCCCAACUGGCCACCCGCAACUACAAACCUCUCUGGUCAAGUUGCCAUAAUCACUGGAGGAAAUAGUGGACUGGGAUAUGAAUGUGCAUCCCAGCUUCUAUCCCUUCAACUGAGCCACUUGAUCCUCGCCGUUCGCUCUCCCGAAAAGGGGGAAGCCGCAGCAGCUAAGCUUCGAGCCGUUAAUCCCACGUCAACAAUAGAUGUAUGGCCACUUGACAUGAGCUCAUAUGUCUCCAUACAAAGCUUUGCAAAGCGGGUCGAAAACCAUCUUCCUCGCCUAGAUAUUGCUAUCCUCAAUGCUGGGGUGAGACAAGCCCAGUUCACCACCAAUCCGAACACCGGCCACGAGGAAACAAUCCAAGUCAACUAUCUCUCAACCAUGUUCUUAGCCAUUCUACUUCUUCCCAGCUUGAAGAAGAAAUCUCCGAGGGGAGAGUCGGGCCGGUUGACUAUCGUCAGUGCGGCAUUAUCGCUUCUGCCAAGCUUACCCGACGUGAAGGAUGCGCCACUUCUGAAGUUGUUCGAUCGCCGAGAUACAUUUGACGUCAAUAGCAGUUACUGCAUGUCAAAACUUCUAGCUCAUGCGUUUCUCUAUAAGCUGGCUGAAUAUGUCGCCGCAGAUGAUGUGAUUGUUAACCUAGCAGAUCCAGCCUUCGUGAAAGGCACGGACCUGGGGCGGGAUUCGCCUGCUUAUGCGAAGGCUGGGUUGGCGGUAUUUGGAGCAUUGACAGGAAGGACAGUCAAGGUUGGUGCAUCGACGUAUGUUGAUGCUGCUGUACUAAAAGGGAAGGAGUCGCAUGGGUGCUUUCUGAUGAGUUGGAAGAUUGAGCCGUAUGUAUUGCCGACUUCUUUUGGAUUUCUCACAUCAUGACUGAUCCACGUACGUUCAGGUUUAAUGCGUCGUUGUAUACGCCCGAGGGGAAGCAAUCUAUUGAGCAGCUGUGGCAGGAGACGAUGGAUGAACUUGAUUUUGCCGGUGUGCGAAGAAUACUUGAGACUCUGUAGUUCUCAAAAGGGCCGAAUCAUCUAGUCGCUGUCAUUCGAUAAUUGUUUCUCACAGUUGAAACCGGGUUCUUAGAUCUAUGAUAUUGAAGAGUUAGCAGUACCAGAGCAAUUUCAUUCCUAAGAAGUUACCAACGGGCGGGAUACAGAAGAGUAGAGCAAAUUCCCAUGUAUAGCUCAUGCGAUGAAAAGCUUCGCUUAGGCUCUGAAAUGUCUGCGCAUAAGCACACCCAAUGCAGUAUAGAAAGGAGAUUUCAGGACUCUAUGACGUUGAAGAAAUCCGUAUGCCUCUCAAAUCUCCAGAUCAAUCGGGGAGUGGGGA